GUAAAACUGUAUGCUAUACAGUUUGAUUUUUGCCUUUAUUUCAUACAGUUAGUUAUUUUGUUAUAUUAAUAUGUUGAAUAAACUAUUGUGCUUGCUUGCGGUUAUUGCAUUUAGCUAUGCACAAGCCGCUACUAUCGAAAGCAGAAUAUCAGAUGGGCCUAUUGCUAAUGCAACACUAUUUAGACACGUUGUAUCAAUACAACGCACAGAUGUAGUUAAUCAAAUAAAUGGACACAUAUGCGGCGGAUCCUUAGUUACAUUUUCGUAUGUUGUGACAGCGGCGAGGUGUUUGUUCACUGAUGGAUCAAUACUGUUAUCAACGAGCCAACUCCGGGUGGUUGCCACUUCUCAGCUGAACAGUAUCGCAGCUGCAAAUACAAGAUCAGUAGCAAACUAUACGGUUCAUGGGAGUUACACGGGACCUCCUGCGUACGUCAACGAUAUAGCAAUGAUAGCGUUAGUUACUCCGUUUACAUCACAAUUUGCCAGUCUGGUGCCAUUACCAGGAAAUAAUGUAAAAUUUGAAGAUUACGCUGUUUGCUAUGUGGCUGGUUUUGGAGCGACGAGUGUACAAGAAACGUCUCCUAAUUUGGAAUUAAGAUCUGCUAUAAAGUAUAUAUACAACCAAGAUGUUUGCAAAAGUCACUUCAACGGUAGUCCUGGCUCCGUCAAUAUAUUAUUUACGAUGGUGUGUGCAGCAUCAAUAAAUAUGAGAAAUGUUGGAUGUCAGGGCGACGAAGGUAAUGGCCUCAUCUGUAAUGGAGUCCUCGCUGGGGUACUGUCGGCAACAGACAAUUGUUUGGCUACUUCACUACCAGAAGUUUACACAAGAGUUACGGAGUAUUCUGGCUGGAUCAGAAGCAUUUCUGGAGCCCCUGCCAUCUCACCAACUUCUAUUCUUAUAGCAUUUUCAAUUUUAUUAUACUUUAAACUACUAUAAGAGUGUGAAUAUAGCUAUACUUUACCUGAUUAAAAAAAAACACAACAUUUUCCUUCGAGUUCCGAUUUUGAUCAAAUCUUUCACCAGGCCAUUUAUGAGAGAAGACAUUUAUUUAUUUAUUAGCAUCGCUCAGACAAUAAUGAAAUUAAAUAUUAUUACCUGGAUGACCGAGGCUUGCUCGGAUUUUUAAGAAGGUGUAAAACUUGAACAAAAACAAGUAAUAGGACGUCUGAUUUCGAACCGGGGUCUUCUGCUUUUCGGAUCAUCCAAUGUGCCAUCUGAGCUAUUAUAGUCUUGUACAUAGUGGAUAAAUUUACCAUUGUAUCCUAAUGUUAUUGGUGACUGUUUCUUAUAAAAACAUCGAUAAAACUACAUUUUUUUUUAAAUUGAAACCUAGCUUGAUCGAUUUAUCGCCCCGGAAAUCCCCUGUAUACAAUUUUUUUUGAAAAUCGUUAGAGCUAUUUCCGAGAUUCGGUUUUUAUAUAUAUUAAUAUGCAAGAACUGCUGGUUUAAUGAUAUAAGAUUCUAAAUAAAACUAAAUCUAAGUGUUAUUGCAAUUACAGGCAACGACCACGUGCAAGUAUUACAUACCUACAUAAAUUUAGAAUUUUUACUGCGCAACAUAAGAACUAAUACAAAGAAAUACAAUUAUAUAUUAUUAUUAGCGCGUUCAAACAAACAAACACUGCAGCUUUAUAAUAUUAGUAUAGAUUAGUUUCUAUAAAGUUACGUGAAAAUGAAUUAAAAUGAACAAAGUGUAUUUUUAAGUGUAAAUUACAUUCCUUCCGCAACAUAUCAAUUUCCAAAGUUCAAACAGAGAACUUAUCAUUAAAAAUGUCUAUAUUUCGAUCAUUAAAGUAUUCGUGAAUGUUUCAUGAAACUCCAUUGAUUUUUGUAAUUUUGUUUUUUGAAUUCAGGCUACAUUCCCUUUAUCACCUAUAUCAAUCGGUUUUUAGAAAAAAUAUCCAAUGAAGAAACACGUCGACUCUACAGUUUUAUUUUAUAGUAUCUAAUAGAUAGAUAUGCUUUAAAUAAAUUAUUUAAAUUUAUUUUAAAAUGAAAGUAAAGAGACUAUAUUAUUAAUGUGUAGAUAUAAACCCUAUAGGUCUAUUGUAUUUUAUAUAGCUAAAUAAUAUUGAUAAUAAUCAAUUCCUUAUUUUAACUCUAGCUGUAACAAUAAAAAAUCUCUAUUUACAGUAAAAAUGUGACGAUUUUUGUGAACGAUUUCAACAAUAUUAGGAUGUUUGCUCUUUGUUCUCUGUGUAGUUUAAACAAUGAAACUAACUUUAGAGAUCUUAAAACGAUAUUGUAAUUAUUAUGACGGGUACUCACGAUAUAUUUUUUAUUAAUUUGGUGCCGAUAUUUCGAUCCAAUUGCAUGAAUCGUGGUCGCGGCGGAAGUGCUGAGGCGGCGAGAAACUCUUGACACAUUGACACUUGACACUAAUAGUACAUCAAUCUGUCCACGGGUGCGCCUUAUUCGUUUUGGUCUUUGAUUCCCUAAUACACGACCACUUCACGACACACACUACUGAUGACGUCGAUACUCUCGGGUAUUUUUGUUGCAUUUGUAUUGUAGAGUGAGACCACGGGAUUCCAUGUUUGCGCUAGUGUAAAACAUCCUCCCUGUUAAAAUAGUUAGGAUGCUUUUUAAUUAGAUAGCUUCCCUAACAAAACUUGGGGCGUAUUGGGUUCAGCAGAAAUUACUCGUGGGUUACGCAGCUCGGUCGGUGGUUGGUUCCGGCUUUAAGCAAGUGUUCGGCUAAUGCUUUAUUAAUUUUAAGCUUCAAACGAUCAAUCAUUCAUGUUUAGGUCUUUCAAUUUCAGUCUUUACAAUUUGUAAGUGAUCAAGGAUUAGUGUAAUGACCCAUUGGUCUUGGGUUCAAUACCGAAUUCAGUAUUGAGGCAGUUCCAGCCACAAGCGUAACAAAUAUUUUACGAAUAAAUGAAGUAUUAAAUCCUACAAAA